GGCACGAAGAGAUCUUCAUCGAAACCGAGACUGAGCUUCGGCCAUGGACCAAGAGAUUCGUAAAAAAUGCGUUGCGACACCGCGCAGGUUCCAGAGAUUGAAACCGCUAUUUGUAUAAUUAAAACAUACAGUCUGUUUGUGUGGUCGAAACUGGGCAUGGCCAACCGACAAGAACAAGAUUCGAUAACCGUCAUACAGGGAGCAGCACGAAACGAAGCUCGAGAAUCAUUGAUGGCUACUCGAUUGGGCCAUCGCACCGUGUCCAAGAACCGUCGAACUCUUUUGCCGGAAUUCGACGGUCUCAAUGGGAGGCCGCCUGCGAGAAUGGUGACGUUGACGAGAUCGCGACAGAGAUAGGGAACUGCCGCUCCAUUCCCUAUAAAAGGGCGACGCACUCAGUUCCCUGUAUCGCAGCUCAAUCUAACAAAGCAAAUUUCCGACCAUGGCCGCUCCACAGCAACAGCAUGCGGGAACAGUCAAGAUUCUUGGAUUUGGUUUGUCUCGCACUGGCACAUCCUCAAUGAAGGUUGCACUUCACAUGCUCGGAUACGAGCCAACCAACCACGGAUUCGACCUUUUCGACGAUCCAGAAGUCAUGGACCAGUGGAUCCGGGCCCUGGAGGCGAAAUAUUACGGUAUCGGCCAACCGCUCGAUGCAGACGACUGGCGGCGAUUUCUAGCCCGCUUCCAGGGAGUCACUGACAUCCCACACUACCUUUUCGUUGAGGAGCUGCUAGCUGCGUUCCCCGACGCGAAGGUGCCCGUCACCUAUCGCGAUCCAAAAGCAUGGUGGAAAUCGUUCGCAUCGACCAUCCUGAAAUUAUGCGAGCCAAUCACUACUUCCGAACAUGCCGCCCCGAACGAAUCGCAGCAUGUCCGUCGCGUGCGCCUCUCCAACAUGUGCUUCGCGGUCCUGUUCAAAAUCCGCCCAGAAGACAUGGGUCGGGAAAGCAUCACCGAGGAGGUCGCGACCGCGGCCUUUGAAGCCCACUAUGAGUAUCUCCGCGCCGUCGUGCCGAAGGAGCGUCUGUUGAUCUUCAGCGUCAAGGAGGGAUGGGCCCCGCUCUGCACUUUCUUGGGCAAGGAUAUCCCGGAUACGCCCUUCCCCCGGGUCAACGACUCGGAGCAGUUUGACGCCGUGUUUCCAGACAUCUUGAAAAACGGCAGAGAUGCAUAGUCGUAUUUAUGAAGUGUCUCACUGACAUACUACAAAAUUCUACUGACUCGCAAAACAAUGUAUGUACAGUGAAAACCGA